AUGAUCCCCUGGUGUUACUGCCUCUUCUCCCUCCUGAUCAGGAGUCUCUCUGGGACCUCUUCCAACUCCCCAGGUGAAUCAAGGAUCCACUGGGCCCCAGUCCCACGGGUCCCAGGAGAGGUAGUGGAGACUGCCCACGAUGUGUGCAAGUUCCCAGGGCAGAGGCUGAGCUGGUGGCAGGCCCAAGAGUCCUGCGAGCUGCGAUUUGGCCACCUGGCACGGACACCUCUGGAUAAGCUUCUCUCUCCCCGGCUUCGGCUUCGAGAUCCGAUCUGGGUGGGCCAAAACCUAGCGUCUCUAAGGAGACCCCCGCUGAGGCGUGAGUACAGGGUUCCGGGCCUGGAGGGAGUGGUGGAGCGAACGGCGCGCCUGGCGGCCGCCCUGCCCGCGCUGGGGGCGCUGACGGCGUGCGCGCAUGUGCAGUGGGACACCGCCUCGCCCGAAGCGGCCGCGCUCUUUCCCUCGCUGCCCAACGCGCUGCAGCUGCGCGCCUUCGCGGAGCCCGUGGGCGCCGUGCGCGCCGCGCUGGUGGUGCGCGGGCACCACGCGCCCUUCCACGCCGCCUUCCGCGCCGACGACCGCUGGCACCAAGUGUGCGCCACGUGGGACCAGCGCGGCGGGCUCUGGGCGCUGUUCGCGGGGCUGGGCGCAGGCCACCCGGUGCCGCCUGGUGGCAUUGUGGUGCUGGGACAGGAUCAGGAUGCCCCCGGCGGCGGCUUCUCGGCGCGUGACGCCUUCAGUGCCAACCUCACCGACUUCCACUUCUGGGACCGGGCCCUGAGCGCCGCGCAGCUGCGCCGGGCUCGAGGCUGUGCGCCUCCCCCCGGCGGCCUGCUCUUCCGCUGGGACCCCGGCGCCCUGGAGGUCACGCCCCCGCUUCUGCCUGUGGUGCAAGUGAAUCUGCUCUGUCCGGUGCCCUCAGAGAAAUGUCCCACAUGGAACCCGGGACCCAGCACCGAGGGCUCCGAGCUCUGCUUGCAGUCCAGGCCCUUCCUCUGCUGCUAUAGGACAGGGACCUAUAAGCAGCUGCAAGACUUCCAGUCAUGGCGGGGCCAGGAUGUUAUCAGCGGUGUCAACACCUUGGCCAAUGCCACUGUGCUCCUUUGAGACCUUCUCUCCGGAGUUCCCGACACCGUGUCCCUGGAUGGGGCUGUCAGUUUCCUGGGCAUCCUGGAAAAAGUCCUAGAAGAGGAGACAGCUCCACUGGGGCCAGCUGCACUGCUGGCUGUCCUGCACUUCCUAAACAGAGUGACAGCACUUGGGGCCGAGGGGCCAGGCCCCUUACCAGGGCCCUGGGAGCAGCUGGGCCAGGGUGUCAUUUCUGUGGUCAGCCUGGUUCUGGAGGAGCCGUUGGUUGGCACAUGGCUGUCCAUCACUGGCAAUGCCACUUCCUCCCAGAUGGCUGGUGGACCUAUGGCCCUGGUGGCCAGUGUGCAGCGCCUGGCACCCCUGUUGAGCACCAUGCUGACCUCUGAGAAACCCCGGGUGCACAUCCAAAGCCACCAUGCUGGUCUGGAGGUGCAGAGUGUGCACCUGUUGGAGGCCAGCACAAGAGGCCACACAUUCACAAAGCCCAGUGGGCAUCCAGAGGGGCCGGGCCACCUCCAUAUCCCUGCAGGGGAAGUGAGGCAGCUGCUCAGUAAAGGCCUCUCUGGAGUUACAGUGAUCCCCAGCUGGUUCACCUCAAGCGUCUUUCGGCAUACCUUGGGAUUGCACAGACUGGCGCCCCAGAUCCCCGACCCCUCACAGGAGACCAGCAAGGUCCACAGGAUACUAAGCACCCAGGUGGGCUCGGCCAUCCUGGCCUCUGAGGUGUGGGAUGCUGCUGGAGAGGUCAGCACGGCCGUGACCUUUCACCUGCAGCACCAAACUCAGGCCUUCUGUGCUUUCUGGAACUUCAGUAUCAGCCCAGACACCGGGGGCUCAUGGGCCACCUCUGGCUGCUCCAGGCUCGCCUUGCACGAAGACUCCACAGAACGCUUGUGCAACCACAGCACCAACUUCGCUGUCCUGCUGCAAGUGUAUGAGGUCCAGAGAGGCCCAGAGGAAGAAUCUCUGCUGACAACUCUCUCCUUUGUGGGCUGUGGCGUGUCCUUCUGCGCCCUCACUACCACCUUCUUGCUCUUCCUGGCAGCUGGGGUCCCUAAGUCUGAGCACACCACAGCCCACAAGAACCUCACUGCCGAGUGCUUCCUCAUGGCCAGAGAGUGGGCAAAGGCCAACAAGGCAGCGUGUGUGGCCGUCACAGCUGCAAUGCACCUCCUCUUUUUGGUGGCGUUCUCCUGGAUGCUGGUGGAGGGCCUGCUGCUGUGGAACAAGGUGGUAUCUGUGAGCAUGCGCCCUGGACCCAGGAUGAGGUGCUACUAUGCCAUGGGCUGGGGUGUGCCCAUGGUCAUCAUGGCCCUUACCCUGGCCACGCACCCCCAUGACUAUGUAGCUGCCGGGCACUGCUGGCUGAACGUGCACACAGACAACACCUGGGCCUUUGUGGGACCCAUGCUCUUCGUGCUCACGGCCAACACCUGCAUCCUGGGCCGUGUGGUGACGGUCACUGUGUCCAGUGCCUGGCGCUGUUCCCGCAUGCUGAGCCCACAGCCGGGCCUGCAGCAGCAGAUUGGGGGCCAGAUGUGGGCCACAGUGCAACCGGUGCUCAUCCUGCUGCCCUUCCUGGGUCUGAGCUGGGCGGUCGGCCUCCUGGUUCACCUUAGCCCUGCCUGGACCUAUGCUGCCAUGGGCCUCAAUUCCUUCCAGGGCCCAUACAUCUUCCUGGUCUACGCUGCCUUCAGUGGGGAGGUGAGUGAGGUUCCCGAGGCUGCAGGAAACAGAGGGGCCACGGGGAGGGUAUGGAGUGGCCUGCAGAGGAUGUUGGAGAAGGCGGCGGCCGAGGAGCUUCCAGUGGGACAGGGACCCAUGGUCCCAAGACCCCCACAGCCUUCUCCCCCAUUGCAGAAUCCAAAAGACAGGCCAGCCUGGGGGAUGCAGGCCCCGGCUCGGGCAGAUCCAGGGCCCGGCGCCCCGCACCCCGCGGUGCAGCCCCCGGCUCCAGCCCCCACCCGCAGGCGCAGCCGCCUACAAGAACAAGAGCCGCAGCGGCGCCUCUGCGCUCAAGUGACAGCGCCUUUGUCUCUGCUGAAUGAGUGCGUUGCUAGGGCUGCUCGUAGCAACCGAGCCGCUUCUACCUGGGCCCCACCCUCCAGGCCCCCACCCCUGGCCCGGCCCCUGAAGACUUCUACAACCAUUAUAAAGAGCAAUUAUUUGAGAUUCAUUGAGUUGGACAAGAUAGAUCAGGACAAUGGAGGUUUGAAGAUGGCUGUGCUCAUUCUCAGCUGUGUGGACUUGAACACAACAUAG